GCCAAGAUAGUGCCACUGUACUCCAGCCUGGGCAACAGAGCAAGACCGUCUCCAAAUAACACAAACAAAAAAAGUACUGAGUUAAUCACACUCCUCAGGGUGACACUUACUGGUCCAUGCAGGGCCUUUUUCUCCUUUGUAUUUAUAUUCCCUUUUGUCCCUAUUCUUCCCCCAUCUUCUCACCACAGGAAACCAUUCUGAUGUGUUUGGUGUAUAUCUUCUUUUUGUUUUUUUUGAGACAGGGUUUCACUCUGUUGCUCAGGCUGGAGUGCAGUGGCAUAAUCAUGACUCACUGCAGCCUUGAUGUCCCGGGCUCAAGCAAUCCUCCCUCCCACCUCAGCCUUCUGAGUAGCUGGGACCACAGGCAUGUGCCACCAUGCCCAGGCUGAAGCCACCAUGGAGCAGUGUGCGUGCGUGGAGAGAGAGCUGGACAAGGUCCUGCAGAAGUUCCUGACCUACGGGCAGCACUGCGAGCAGAGCCUGGAGGAGCUGCUGCACUACGUGGGCCAGCUGCGGGCUGAGCUGGCCAGUGCAGCCCUCCAGGGGACCCCUCUCUCAGCCACCCUCUCUCUGGUGAUGUCACAAUGCUGCCAGAAGAUCAAAGAUACGGUGCAGAAACUGGCUUCGGACCAUAAGGACAUUCACAGCAGUGUAUCCCGAGUGGGCAAAGCCAUUGACAGGGUGAGCACGUGGCUGGCUCCAGGCCUGGGCUGGGAGUACCCUGAAGCUGGGAUGUACAAGGACUCGAAGGAGAACCAGCAAGAGUGCCCACAUCACCAGGCCCUGUCUCUCCUCCUUUGUCAGAACUUCGACUCUGAGAUCUGUGGUGUUGUGUCAGAUGCGGUGUGGGACGCGCGGGAACAGCAGCAGCAGAUCCUGCAGAUGGCCAUCGUGGAACACCUGUACCAGCAGGGCAUGCUCAGCGUGGCCGAGGAGCUGUGCCAGGAAUCAACGCUGAACGUGGACUUGGAUUUCAAGCAGCCUUUCCUAGAGUUGAAUCGAAUCCUGGAAGCCCUGCACGAACAAGACCUCGGUCCUGCGCUGGAAUGGGCCGUCUCCCACAGGCAGCGCUUGCUGGAACUCAACAGCUCCCUGGAGUUCAAGCUGCACCGACUGCACUUCAUCCGCCUCCUGGCAGGAGGCCCCGAGAAGCAGCUGGAGGCCCUCAGCUAUGCUCGGCACUUCCAGCCCUUUGCCCAGCUGCACCAGCGGGAGAUCCAGGUGAUGAUGGGCAGUCUGGUGUACCUGCGGCUGGGCUUGGAGAAGUCACCCUACUGCCACCUGCUGGACAACAGCCACUGGGCAGAGAUCUGUGAGACCUUUACCCGGGACGCCUGUUCCCUGCUGGGGCUUUCUGUGGAGUCCCCCCUUAGCGUCAGCUUUGCCUCUGGCUGUGUGGCACUGCCCGUGUUGAUGAACAUCAAGGCUGUGAUUGAGCAAAGGCAGUGCACUGGGGUCUGGAGUCACAAGGACGAGUUACCGAUUGAGAUUGAACUAGGCAUGAAGUGCUGGUACCACUCCGUGUUCGCUUGCCCCAUCCUCCGCCAGCAGACGUCAGAUUCCAACCCUCCCAUCAAGCUCAUCUGUGGCCAUGUUAUCUCCCGAGAUGCACUCAAUAAGCUCAUUAAUGGAGGAAAGCUGAAGUGUCCCUACUGUCCCAUGGAGCAGAACCCGGCAGAUGGGAAACGCAUCAUAUUCUGAUUCCUACCUGGAAGGAAUUUUGUUGAAAGGGGUUUUCACCUGUGAGCCUUGGUCUGUCUCAGUAGGGUGGUUAGCGUCAGUGGACUGUGGUUGGUUUCAGAGCAGCUGGCUGAGGAGUUCCGCUGAGGGGAGGGCUGGAGCAGCCCUUUGGCAGAGACUGAGGCGGGAGAUGGACCAGCCCACACCUGGCAGCUGGCUCCAUGGCAUAAGGAAAGGGAGAUGCUGGCCUCUGUGCUCCUGCUGUCUCUUCCUGUUUUUAUUUGCCCUUGACUUAGUAGCAGCCGACAGAGUGGCAAGGCACUUGGUCUUCAGCAGUAGACAUCCUUCUACCCCUGCCCUCAGCCAAGUCUCUUGCUGCCAUGCCAAUGCUAUGUCCACCCUUGCCCCUCGGCCCAAGGGUGUCCAGCGGUGGCCCACCUCUUCCUCCCACUGUACAGCCUCAACAGUAUGUACCAUCUCCCACUGUAAAUAGUCCCAGUUAGAAUGGAAUGCCGUGGUUUUAUAACUUUGAACAAAUAUAUUCGCUGCCCUUCUCAUUU